AUGAUAGAAAUGAUUUCCGCUAUUUCCGCUAAAAAUGCAAACACUGCUGCAGCUGUUAUGUCAUUUAUCUCAUUCCUGUGUCUUUUAUUAGCGAACUUGGGGACACCAAUUAUCAUGUCAAUCUAUAUUACGAGUUAUGAGAAUGUUGGUGGUCUAAAGGACAUUAAUAUGAUAUUUGGACGGUAG